AUGCUUACGGAUAAAGAAAAAGAGUUAUGUCCACGACUAAUAGAUUAUUUUGUGAUUGUUGGAACACGCUCACGCAAAAGCCCAGACAAAGUUCAAAUAGAGCCCGGUGAAGUGUCACAUAGUUAUCCUGAAAUACUACGAAGAUAUCCGUCAAACAACCAUUCGGACUUUCCGCUGCCAGCUGAGGUUGCCGUUUUCUGUCAGCCAGAAGGAUGCUCGACGCUCUUGAGCACGACAUGGCCAAUUGCAAGAUCAACAUUUUUCAUGUUUCAACUGACAGAAAAGGAUUCAGCUAAGACGCGUUACGGGUUUUGUUACAGCACUCAUCAAUCAUUCACCCCGGAAUCAGCGAACGCUGAACCAGCUGAUGCACAUGAAGAUGUGCUCACGUUUCUGCAAACAAUCAUCUGCAGCUGUGAUUUCAGAACCCAAAAAGCUAUUUCAAUCAAGAAUGUCGUUUGGUCUGUUAUUACGGGAAAUUGGGAUGAGCCUAUUCCUAUGCAUGCCAUUAAAGAAAUCAAAGAAAUGGAAACGUAUGUACUCACGUUGCUUAGUGCUCCAGUGCCUGUUCCGGGAAAAACAAAGCUUGUUAUCACGCUAAUGCCUGAUAAUCUUUUACCUGAUUAUCAAGUAUGUCUACCAGAUCAUACACGCUUCAAUUUGGUUGACUUUCCAAUAUACCUUCCAUUCGAAUUAUUAGGGGUUGAUGUGGCUUUGCAAGUUCUCACAGCUAUCAUGCUAGAGUUCAAAGUUGUCAUCCAGUCAAAGAACUACAACGAUCUCAGUUUAAGUGUCUUAGCAUUCAUAAAUCUUCUAUAUCCACUUGAAUAUAUGUUUCCCGUAAUUCCAUUGCUUCCCACAUUCCUUGCAUCCGCUGAGCAGAUUUUAUUAGCACCUACGCCUUUCGUUAUUGGAGUUCCUGCUAUGUUUUUCAAACAUAAAAAAAUAACUCUGCCAUCAGAUAUUGUUUUAGUGGAUCUUGAUUCUUGUCAAGUGGUUGUCCCUGACGACAUAUGUAUUCCAGCUUUACCGGAACCGGAAGCAAGCACUUUGAAGAGAGUUAUGGGGGACGCAUUGGAGAAGAGAUAUACCAUAAACCAAGCUCCAAGACAACCACUUCACGAUCCUGAGUACUCAUUGAUAUCUGACACAACAGAUGUCGUCUUCCGUGUAUCUAUGGUCAAAUUCUUCAAUUCUCCAAAUAUCUUUGGAGACUUUAGUGAGCAUACUAGAACUCUCCGAUUAUAUCCUAGGCCUGUGGUAGCAUUACAAACAGAUUCUUUCCUUCGUAGUCGUCCUGUACAAUCCCAGUUUAUUGUUGAACUGUGCAGGACUCAAGCGGUAGAGUACUUUGCUGAGUAUUGUUUGUGUCCCUCGAAUGAGACAUUCGUUCGAAUCCAAGCAGGAAUCGAAUCGGAAAGACAAGUUGGUGAUAAACCAAGAUGGUAUGCAGAGAACCUUAUGCCAAUACGCUUUGUGGUUCAUGCAGCGUGUUCUAACGUUUGCACAUUAUUCUUGAAAGGAGAAGAUGAAACUAUGAUGGAUAGGAAAGAUUUGGAUGAUAUGGCAGCACUAGCCACAUCCUACAGUUUAGCCGAUUUAGUAUCUGAUAAGAAUGAGUCUAGUGAUAAGAUAAACCCCAUCACGGAAGUAGGUCAUAUUUAUCAGCAGCCGUUAACACUAAAGCUGCCUGAGAAGGAUAAAGACGAAGUAGAGAGUACGAUUAGUAGUGGAAGAUCAACUCCCUCAUCUGCUGGUGAUGGUAGUGAAGCUGAUUUCGCUAGACUAGCUGAUAACAUGGUGAUUAAAUCAAAUUCUAAGGGCAAAUUCGCAUUUGAACACGGAGACGAUGACGACAUAGAUGUAGAGUCAACACCGAUUGCUAAAAAGAGACAUGGUGACGUGAAUGGUAAAGAAGGUUCCGCCGCUAGUGAUUCAGAUGGAUCAGUGAAAAAGAGAGGUCUUAGGAUUAAAGGGCUGAGUACGCUGACAGAAUCAGGAGAGAAGGUUCUUGGACAAAACUUCAUGUUCUCUAUGGUUGGUUAUGCAGAAAAGAGUCAAGAUAUUCUUAGUCAAGUUAUUGGAAAAACAGCACCAAAAGCUCAAGCCUUGAAAAAUAAGGCCAUUGCUCCUUUAACAGGAUCCCACAACGAUGCAAAUAAGAAUCCUGUAGCCAAGCCAGCUGUCAAUGCUAGUAUCCAAACAGCCUCGAUACAGAACAAGAAUCAGAUAGCAGUUAGAGAGAUAUGCGACCAAGUGUUAGCGGGACAAGGAGUUGGAGUGUUCACAUACAAUAAAUUGAAAAAGUUAAUGGAAGAUGAAAGUUUACGCGAGUUAGCCUGUUCCAAGUUAAACUUAGGAUUAGAUCAGAAACUACAAGAAGAUGAGUUUGUUAAAGAGAUACAACUUUCUCGAUCUCAGUAUAAAGGUUAUGUACGAGUAUUACAAGCGUGUGUAGCAGGAUUAGAGGCUUCUUUCAAAACACCUGGUUGUUGCGGAAUGGCUAGCACGUUCCAUAUUCUUGAGAUAUGUCAUACACAUUUUUGGUCUAGAAACGAUUUCGCUACACCUACUAGCUCUCAGAAGUUCGAACUAAUGUCUCCUCUGGAGGUAGCAUCUCCAGUCAUACCAAAAUCAAGUAGUCGAGUAGAUGGUUUUGAACCAAAACAUAAAACUUCAACAUCUUCUGAUAAGACGAUAGUAGCGGAUGGCAUUAACAAAUUGACGUUACAAGAUGAUAGUCAUCCAGAAGAAGCUCCUAGUGACUCGGCUGCACAAGGUGAACCCAAGAAAAGACAGCCACCCCCUAUUCCACCCAGAGUGCCACCAAGACCAGCACCCAGCAGUGUUGCUGCCAUGGCUGCAUCAUCAAGAACACAUCCACCUCCACGAGUUACUCCACCACCACUUGUGCCUCCACCUCCCAAGCCUUUCGCUUCAUCAGAACUGAACUCUUCGUACAUGUCUGUUUCGAGUGCGGAUAGCAAAGAAUCAGAUUGUUCAACAUCUUCAUCUAAAUCUUCAUCAUCCAAAUCUUCUGGUGGGCAACACGAGAAACUUAUGGCUAGCUUAGUGAAGACAGAUCUGCUGAGAGACCCCGAACGCUCUAAAACAGACAGAAUGAAUAAUAACGAAACAAGGGUUACUGACAAAUCACAAAUUGUAUUACCAGAGCUAGCCAAUCGAAAGAGCUCAGGAGGUGUUAAUGACAGUAAUAAGCAUUUCUUAUAUCAAGAUAUAGUUUUAUCCUCACCUAAUCCGUUAUGGUUGAACCUUGUCUUCUGGGAAAAUGUGUUCGUUGACAUUGUAGCACAAGAGCGUGAAAUAGUUGGAAUGGAUGAAGAGCCAUCAGAAAUGAUUGACAGAUAUUGUCAACUUAGUGACAUAGAAAGAAAGAGAUUAGAGCUUGAUGAAGAUAGGCUGUUGGGUACAUUGCUGCACAACUUAACGAGUUACAUGAUCAUGUGUGGAACAGGUCAACAAUCCAUUCAAAUGAAAGUACGUCGUUUGCUAGGAAAAGCUCAUGUGGGUUUGAUUGCUUCUCAGAAAGUUAAUCGUUUGUUGGAUGAUUUGCCUUCAGAGCAAACGAAUGCCAUUUCACUUAAACCUCUAGGAAGCCGUUUAUUACAAAAAUUGAGCUUUGUUGUUUACACAGCUCCCAAUAAUGAGGGUGAAAUGCUGUUUGUGGACGUCAGUGAAGAUGCCAUGGUCGUCAGAGGAGUAACAGGCAAUGUAAUUGAACGUUGGUGGUAUGAGAGAUUGGUCAAUAUGACGUAUUCACCAAAAUCUAAACUGUUAUGUGUAUGGAGUCGUAGCGAUGACAAAGUGAAUAUGCACACGUUCUAUACCAGGAAGUGUAAGGAGUUAUAUGAAGCUCUGAAGAAUGCUAUGAAACGAGCAGCAGAUCGUGGUCAAUACAAUAUAGAAGAUAGAGCGUUAGGCGGUGAAUUUCCUAUACAUGAUGUUGAAAGGAAUGAAGGAGGGUUAAUACAAAUACGUAGUGAUGGAAUUGUGAUUUUGUUCGAAAGCAAGAAGAUUUUCAUUGAUAUCAAAGACAUUAAGAAGUGUAACACAUUUGGUGGAAAUAUAUUUUUGUUGGAAGAAUACAAUAGAGAUACGGGAUCAGUUAACUCAAGGAGAUUCUAUUCAAAUAUGGCUUCUACGAUUGCUUUAUCUCUGCACCGAGUAUUUAGUGUGACUUUUACGGCCAGUCAAGUUGAUACAACAGACUAA